AUGAAAAAGUUGUCCACGAAGGAGAAACGGACGCAGGAGCUGCUGGCAGCGGACGCAGCGGUGUCCCUGGCGAGCCCGCUCUUAGAAAUUUCUUUCCCCGAUGAGCUGGCUGUACUCUUCUCCGUAGCAGCGCAUCCGACGGAGAGCGUGCUGUACUUGGGGCUCGCCAAUGGGUACGUGUAUGCGUACCGGUACAAAGUGGUUCAAGGUAGACCGGUGGUGUCGCUGCAGCUUGGUACAGAGACUGCAGAGUGUUCCGUCAUGUGGAGAACCCGCAGGCAUAAGGGGUCUGUGAGGUGUCUCGCGCUCGACGCAGAUGGGGACAAGUUGUACUCCAUUGGGACAGAUAGUGUUUUGAAAGUUGCCGACUCGAAGACGGGGAAAGUGCUGCAGAAGUGCGUGAUUUCAGAAGGUGCUGGUGCUACGAAACUGGUCGUCACGGAUAAAGUUGUGCUCGUUGGGAUGGAGAGCGGGGAAGUGCUUGUGCUCUCCGUCGGGGAUUUGACACAGAGGAACAAGAUAACGCGGAUCCAUGAAGGUGACGCCAUCAAUGAUAUCUUCCAUUUCGCAAAGAGGUCCAUGUACAAAUUUGUGUCCCUUGGGCAGACGACGCUCGCGUACUGGGACUGCAACAUGGACGAUACCAGGGAAAGGGAAAAGAUCCGCAUGAGCGACGACCAAGAGGACGAGAUCCUCUGCGGUGCGUUCGUGGACGACCAAGUGGGGGACACUCUCGUGUGCGGGAUGGGGGAAGGUAUCCUUACCGUGUGGAAACCUGAGAAGAACGACCUCGAGGACCAGAUGUCCCGUGUCAAAGUGUGCAAGAACGAUAGCAUAGAUUGCAUUGUACCAACGCUGCAGGACGACAACUGUGUCUGGUGUGGCUGUUCCGAUGGGAAACUGUACAAAGUGGACGCCAAGAGGGGCAAAGUAGUAGAGACUCGUGUGCACGCCAUUGCAGACGAAUGUUCCUUCCUGGACCUGGACUGCGAGUACCACGUGGUAUCCGGUAGCAUGGAAAGCGUCAAGGUAUGGGGGGAACCGCUAGAGGAGGAGCAGGAAGACUCCGGGAAUUCCGAGAACUCCGAUAGCUUCUCAGAUUCAUCAGAUUCCUCCGAUUCCUCCUCCGAGGAAUUCACGGGAGAGCUCACUGGAUUGUCCCGUGAGGAGCUAAUCGCCGAACUGGACAAAGACAUAGAUGUCGAACCCGCGGAGACUCAAGAACCGAAGCAAAAGAAACAGAGGAGGCAAAAACAGGGCAGCAGUAACAACGAGAGCCACGGCAUUACAAAGUUUGAGGGACUGUGA